GCUGACGAACAGAUAUGGCAGUUUCAUGGUAUUACUUCAUUUUGCCAGUAGUAUUAUUUAUUGGAUUACUUCGGAAAUGUCGCGAACGUUCAUGGGGAAAAUGCAAGAAUAUGGAUAGUUUGCAUGGCCGUGUAUUUAUUGUGACAGGUGCCAAUUCCGGUAUCGGUAAAGAAACUGUAAAGGAAUUAGCACAAAGGAAAGCUACAGUUAUUAUAGCUUGUAGAAAUUUACAAAGUGCUCAAGACACUGUGACUGAUAUACGUUCUAAAAUAUCUACAGGAGAAUUGGUACCUAUGCAACUGAAUUUAGCAUCACUCACAUCAAUUAAAGAGUUUGCUAUGGAAGUGAUGAAAAAUUUUACACAGAUUCAUGUAUUAAUUAAUAAUGCUGGAGUAUAUGUUCCUGUUAAGAAACAUGCUUUAACCGAAGAUGGAUUUGAAGUUCAUUUCGGUGUAAAUCAUUUAGGUCAUUUUUUGCUCACAAAUUUACUGUUGGAACACUUGAAACAGAGUGCACCGAGCAGGAUUGUAAUUGUGACAUCCAAGAUGUUUGAAUCUGGGAUAAUAGACUUUUCAAAUUUAAACGGAGAAAAAAAUUUGGCAGUUGAUGGACACAUGAAUCCUGCUUACAGCAAUUCAAAGUUAGCAAAUACCUAUUUUGGUAUUGAACUUGCCAAAAGGACUGAGAAUAGUGGUGUGAAUGUAUAUAUGGUUUGUCCUGGUUUUAUUUAUACAGGGCUAUUUAGAAAUGUGAAAAGAAGUUGGUUCCAUUACAUUAUCUUUUUACCUGUUGCUUUAUUGUUUUUGCGUACUGCAAACCAGGGUGCACAGACUGUGUUACAUUGCGCAAUAGAACCUUUCUUGUCUGAACAAAGCGGUAACAUUUACCGUGAUUGUAAACCCUACAUUUCGAAAAAGAAACUAGAUUCUGACACAGCACUGCGCUUAUGGGAUGUAAGUGCAAAACUGACUGGUAUCGAUGAGACUUCAAAGUGAAUAUUUUUAUGUGUGUACAUCAUACAUAUAAUUUUAUUUUUAACAUAU